AUGGCCACCAUUCUCAACUUAUAUAAAGUUCCACAGACAUGCCUGGAGCAUGGGCAUGAAUCCUCCUUUUCCCAAGGAAUAACAACCACUUGUCAUUGCCUUCAGCUCCACCAUUUCCUGAAACUCAUCAAUCCUGUCAAUAGUGUCAGUGAUGAAUUAUGUGAGAAUGGAGCCAGCCUGGAUUCUGAGACGUAUGAUAUCCUGAAUUUCGACUACUUCUCUGAUGAGAUUGGGAUGCUGGUGAAAGUGGGUGAAGUCACCCCUCUUUUUCAGAGAUUCAACAUUAAUGAAAAAAAGAUAAAUUGGCCAAAAGAUUUCUCUCAGACUCCAACUUCAGUGUGCAAUCGGAAGUGUGGCCCUGGAUAUAAAAAGACAGCUCUUGAAAACCAGCCCAUCUGCUGCUAUGAAUGCAAUCUAUGUCCUACAGGGAAGAUUUCCAACCAAACAGAUGCAGAGGAGUGCCUGCAGUGCCCUGAAGAUCAAUAUCCUAAUAGGGAAAGAGAUCGCUGCCUCCCCAGGACUAGGACGUUCCUGGCCUAUGAAGAACCUUUGGGAAUGACUCUGGCCUGUGCAGCCAUCUGCUUCUCCCUCCUCACUGUGCUGGUCCUGGGGGUUUUUGUGAAGCACAGAGACACCCCCAUAGUCAAAGCCAAUAACCGCAGUCUCAGCUACACUCUGCUGGUCUCCCUCAGCCUCUGCUUCCUCUGCUCCUUGCUCUUCAUCGGCCAUCCUACCACAGCCACCUGCCUGCUGAGACAAACCACAUUCGCAGUUGUCUUCACAGUGGCCAUUUCCUCCAUUUUGGCUAAAACCAUCACUGUGGUUCUGGCCUUCAGGGCCACCAGACCAGGGAGCAGGCUCCGGAGAUGGCUGGGAUCCACAGCAUCUUACUCUCUCAUUUUCACCUGCACCCUCAUCCAAAUGUGUCUCUGUGGCAUCUGGCUUGGGACAUCCCCCCCCUUCCUGGAGAUGGACAUCCACUCUGAGCCUGGCUCCAUUAUCAUCCAGUGCAAUGAGGGCUCCCUCCUCAUCUUCUACUGUGUCCUGGGCUACAUGGCCUUGCUGGCCUUGGCGAGCUUCACCGUGGCUUUCCUGGCCAGGAACCUGCCAGAUACUUUCAACGAAGCCAAGUUCCUGACCUUCAGCAUGCUUGUGUUCUGCAGCGUCUGGAUCUCCUUCCUGCCCUCGUACCAGAGCUCCAAGGGCAAGGCCACCGUGGCCUUGGAAGUCUUCGCCAUCUUGACCUCCAGUGCUGGGAUUCUCGCUUGCAUCUUUGCUCCCAAGUGCUAUGUGAUCCUUCUGAGAUCAGACAGAAAUACCCUGGAGAUCCUGAAAAGGAAAGGUACUUCCUGAGAAGCCAGGAUGUCCCAGGUUCUUCCUCACCAUUCACAGUGAUGUAGCUCCUUAGCUGCUGUAGUCUUAAUAAAAUGUUUUAAAUGUAUCUCACUUCUCCACCUUUUAUUUUCUGUUAACACAAUCUCUUUCAUUGUCAAUUGAAUCUAAUGGCAUUUUGAAAGCAGUCAUAUCACAUGAUUUCUGAGAAGUAAAACUAAUCAAUUGCUCUGUUGAAUUUUUUUUUACAGAUAGCAGACACUAUUAAUAAUUUUGUUAAAUUAUACUGCAAUAAAUCAAUGAAUUUACAGAUAAAGCUACAGCUGUAACCUUUGAACAAUCCAUCCAAUCCUCUACUUGAUUGUUUACUUAUUUACAAAAUUGGAACUUUAAUAUUUCCCCAAUUUGUGAAUCUGUUUUAUCU